AUGUCAACCAAAGUUGUUGCUUAUACAGAUUUACGAACUACUAUUGACAAUAAUCCACCGCGAUAUCAUUAUGUCUCAAAAAAGAGAAGUUUUUCUGAUGGAGAAAAAGUUAGACAUUUUGAUCUGUCAACUUCUACAGAAAGUAGUGUGGAACCUUCAAGACAAAGUUCAAGACAGGACAGUAGAGCUGCCAGUAGAAACAGUGGUGCUAGCAAAUCUAAGGGGAAGAGUAAGAACAAGCAAGAUGGACGUGAAAACUCUGAUGUAGCUGAAACAGAGAGUAAAUAUAAAAGAUCAAAAUCCACUCUAGAAACUGUUGAUGAAACAGACGUCUUUGAUAAUGUUUAUGAUUUGAAAGAUGAAGAAUCAUGGGCCGGGAUCCCAGCACCAGAUGUUCAUGGAAGAUUCAGGCAGUACCGUAAAUUGACACAGAGCCAUGUUGCUGAGCUUGAAGAUAAACUACAAGUGACCUUGGCUAGAAUGAACAGAAAAGUUCAAACUUUGAAAGGUCAAUUCCAGGAACAUAAGACUAAAUGGGACACGGAAAGAAAUAUUUUAUUGAGUCAAGUCAAUCAAGCUCAAGAUUUACAGAAAGAUGCUGAGCAGGAAGCUGAUACUACAAUAACACAAUUAGAGAAUUUUAUUACAGAACAGGAAAAACUGGAAAUAGAGGAAGCUAGAAAGAGACAGGAGAUGGCUAUGUCUAUUAAUUCAUUAAAUAAAGUAGUACCAGGUACAUCACAUAGUAGUGAUGAUGAUAUACAAAAACUCAUGCAACAAACAGAUGAUGCUAAGGCUCUAGCAUCAACAGUGGGAGAAGAUAUAUUAAUAGAUGAUAAAACUAUUAAUAACAAAGAGUCCCUAAGUCCAGGAUCAAACUUACCACCAAUUCAACAGUAUGUUAUUAAAAAUCUGAAAGCAAUGAUGGCCGACCCUGAAGACAAGCUACCAGCUUAUCAACAAAAAAUACUAGAAACUGUACGUCUGGCAUUGAGAGUAUUGAAUGAUACGAAGGUGGAGUUGGCAGAAGAAGAAUUAUUAAGAUCUGUAUCAGUUGUCAGUCUAGCUAGUCAGUUAACUCAUGAAGCUAUGCAACUUGGUGUACGACCAGACAGUCUGUUUAAGACACUAGCCAGUGUGUCUAGGCGUCUGCUAGAAGAAAAAGAACUAGAGUUAAGACAUCUGUUAGACAGUACUGUUGAUGAUGGAUUUAGUGAAAUAUCAUUUGAAAGUGGAACAGAGGGGGAGCAUUCCUUAGCAUCAUUACGAGAUCUACCCAUUCUGGAAGAUGUUAGUGAUAAAGAUGUACAGACAGAUAAAACUCCAUUAUCAGAUGUAGAAAUAAUAGAAGAACAGAUGACACCAGCAGUUGAUGCUGAACAAAGAACUCUUCAACAGGAAGGUACAUUUAUUAAAGAGGAGGAAGCAGUGGUUGACAAAGGCUCAUCUCCUAUCAGUAUCUCGUCGGCUAGAUCUACAACAGAAUCCAAAGAACAUGAUGAUGACACUGCUGAUGAUACUGCUGAUACUGAAGACUCUGUUGAUGUUGAAGAUAUAGAAACUGCUGAUCCACAAAGUUCAAAUCAGGAUGAAAACCUGGAUGAAAGGAAAUCAUUAUUGAAAUCAAGUGCUGUAUCAGACAGAAGUUAUACGACCAAUUCACCUGUUUCAGAUAUUUCUGAAUAUAGAAAUCAACAGAGUAGAGGUUCCCAGACUGACUCCAGUUUCACACCAUCAUCAAAACAAAAUGUCAUAAUUGUCAAGAUUCCAGAUGAUGGUACAGACUCUGACUUGAGAUUGUCGUCUGCUAAAAGUCGCCAAUCCUUGAGAUCAACAUAUAAAACUAAAAUAGAAGAGAGUAAAAAGAUGGCCGAAGAUAGAAAACAUAAAUCAGCAGCUUUAAAGGAGUCAAUACAAGAAGUUAAAGAUUCUGAAGAAAAGUUUGAUGAAGACCAAGAAGAUUACCUGAAGGGUUUUGGAUUCUCAGCAACUGGAGAGUUAUUACCAGAACAUCCAGUUGUACAGGAAUAUAUCAAAACCUAUAAUAUGGGUAUGGGAUUUAAAGAUGCACUAGCGAAGACAUUAUUGGAUAAAGAUAUGAUGUCUGCUAGUCAAGUAAUAUCAGAUAUUGAGGUUCACAGAUUUCGACACAAGUCCAAAGUUUUACCACAGUUAGAGAAAAUGACUAAAAGCUUAAGCACAGUACUUGGUGAAAUAAUAACAUUAUUGAAUGGUAUAUUAGUCAAUGACAGGGACCCUGCUGUAUCAUCUGUAAUGUUUGUAUCACGUGAUGCUACCAUGAUAACACCAGAUUCUAGUAGAACACCACUACCAACAGGAGAAAGUCAAGUUAAUCUAGAUAAUGUUGAUAAUGACUAUGUUAGAGAUUUACAAGAAAAAUGUAAUUUAUUACAUAAGAAUUUAGAAGAAUCUACUAAGAAACAUGAAGAUCAGUUAAGACACAACACAGUUGUUAUGAUGGGAAUGCAAGAGACAAUCAAUGGUUUACAAAGAGAAUUAUCUACCCUUGGUAAAGCUCCACGAUCUCGCUCUAUUACACCAUCAUUCCCGUUGAACCAAGCCCCAUCACCAGAUACAUCUAUUAUGUUUACAAGAUUAGAUGCUGAACGAAAUGCCAAAAUAAUGAAGAAAGCUGUUAAUGAUGAGAAACUUGAUCAAAAUAUAUAUAAGGAAGCUGUAUCUCAGAUGGAUAAAUAUAUCAGUUUACCUGCUCAAAGAUUAGGACAUCUUGUUCGAAAGUAUAUUCAUCAUAAUCGUAUGAAAUAUAUAGAAGAAAAUAUACAGAAGAAUGUAAAUUUAGAUGAUGGAGUUUUUGAAGUUCUAGAUAAGAUGGAAGGUCUUCAAAAUGAGAGAGCUAAGAGAUGGGCUGAGAAAAUGGAUUCUAUGGGAUCAGAGAGAUUACGUAUGGCUAAUUUAUUAAUGGAAACAUUAGAUAGUAUAGAAAAUGAAUCUGGAAUAUUUCUAAUUAAACCAAUGUAUUCAUAUCGUAGCAGAGAUCUACAACAGAAAUAUAAUGGUAAAUUAAGUCGACCUAUCAAGUCUAGAAAAGCUAAAUCAGCUGUUGGUUUAAUAGACAAUCAGAGUACACAGGGACCUGUUAAUACACCAGCCUCUAAUGUUAGAAAUAUACACAGAGAGAUUACAUUACAAAGUAGAGAAUCGACUUAUCAAGUUCCUGUAAUUAAUAAAAGAGCAUUUGAAGGACCUGAUGGCAUAGGUUUGUCAGGAACAGGAGUAGCUGGUGCUGCUGGAAAUUGGGUUGGUAAUUCCUCUACUGCAACAUGGAAUGUGAACUUAUCUCAGUCAAGACCAUCAAAAGAUGACAGUAGUAAUUUCCACAAUACACCAAGAAUAUUAGAACUAGAUAUUAAUAGAAUGUUGAUAGGGCAGAAUAACAUCAGCACUAGAUUAUCCUACCCACUAACAGAUGAUAGACUUACUAAUGCUACACAGAAUACAUUGAGAACAUAUGUUACUGUUAAUAGACCAGCAGUACAACCUAAAACUCCAGGUUUGAAAGAUUCUAGUGCUCCACCUUCUACGCCACAACCUGUAGCUAUUAGUGCCGGUAAUGGUGUUAGAAAUAUUGAUAACAGUCCACCUAAAUUACCUAGUACCCCUCCCUUACCACCAAUAAAUACAAACAGAAAUUUAUCAGCUUCAUCUUCCAGACAGUCCCCUACAUCAGAAAUGAAACCAAAACGUAUAACAUCAGGUUUUACAGCUACUACUUCAGAUGAUGACUAGAUUUGUAAUAAACUAAAUAUCUUGCAAAACCACAUUUAAUGAUUAUGGAACUCUAUACAUUACCAUUUCAGCAUUCCGUCUGUCCAGCUCUUUAUUUUUAUAGCUGUUCAAUGCGUUUAUUGUGAUAUUUUGUUGUUAAAUAUAUAUUAUAUACCAGAAUAUUUAUUACAUGUAAAG